AUGUUGAAGAACAGCACGCAGACCUCACUGGAAGGGUUUGUCUUGUUGGGCUUCUCUGACAGGCCCUGGCUGGAAACCCCACUCUUUGUCAUCUUCCUGCUGGCCUACAUCUUGGCCCUCUUUGGUAACAUCUCCAUCAUCCUCGUCUCAAGGCUGGACCCUCAACUCUACACCCCCAUGUACUUCUUCCUCAGCAACCUCUCCCUCCUGGAUCUCUGCUACAUCACUAGCACUAUCCCCCAGAUGCUCGUCAACCUGUGGGGACCUCAGAAGACCAUCAGCUAUGGGGGCUGUGUGGCCCAACUCUACAUCUCUUUGGCUUUGGGCUCCACUGAGUGCAUCCUGCUGGCCAUCAUGGCCUUUGACCGCUAUGUUGCCAUCUGCAGAUCCCUCCACUAUCCAGUCAUCAUGAACCCACAGCACUGUGUGCGUCUGGCAGCGGGCACCUGGAACAGUGGCUUUGCUAACUCUCUGGUUCAGACGACACUCACAGCGACGGUCCCACGCUGUGGGCACCAAGUCCUCAAUCAUUUCUUAUGUGAGGUGCCCACCCUGCUCAAGUUGGCCUGCACCGAUACCCGGCUCAACGAGGCCCUGCUCAACGUGCUCGGGUCCCUCCUGCUCCUGGUGCCCCUGACUCUGAUCGUGGGCACCUAUGGCUUCAUCGCCCGCACCGUGCAGCGGAUCCGCUCUGCAGAGAGCCGACGCAAGACCUUCAACACCUGUGCCUCCCACCUGGUGGUGGUGUCGAUGUUCUACUUCUCGGCCAUCAGCAUGUACGUUCAGCCGCCGUCCAGCUAUUCGCGGGAGUGUGGCAAGGUCACAACCUUGUUCCACGGGAUCCUCACCCCCACAUUCAACCCCUUCAUAUACACCCUGAGGAAUAAGGAUGUGAAGGCAGCACUGCGUCGGGCACUGACCAAGGAAUUCUGGGUCAGCUGCGAACCGUGGAUGGAGAAGAUCACCAUCACUUCCUACUGCCCCUCUAUUGGGAAAUAUCGGGGUGACCCCAGCUCAGCGGGAACCGCGGAGAAGAGGCUGACCAAGAUGGAAGAUGGAUCACAAGGCUCUUGGAGGAAUUUAAGAUCGAGGAGUUUCCCAGAUCAGCUCCAGAAAUACAUUUCCCAGAGAUUGCUGGGGCUACACGGGUACUGGCCUGCUGAGAAUUCAAGAAAAGAUGGGACAGGAGACCCUUUGCUGACAUUUCACAAUUACAACUGGCUCUGUGAUCUCGGAUCCAAUGCUGCUGAACCUUCCUUGGGCUGCCAGCUGGCGGUCAAGAGCUUGCUCAGAGCCCUUGAGAUUGAAAUUCCAAACUUCAGGAUUGAAGGGCAACCCAGCAAAGGGAAGACACUCUAUUAG